AUGUCGAGUUUAAGGGAGAACGAGUGGAACAUCUCCUUCGCCGGCUGUGGUUUUAUGGGCAUUUAUUACGUAGGCGCCUGUAGUUGUAUCCUGGAGCGCUUUCCGCAUCUCAUCCGAAAUGCAUCCAAGAUCUACGGGGCCUCAGCGGGUGCCCUGAUGGCCGCCUCCCUCACCACUGGAGUCCCCCUGGAGAAGUGCUGUAUGGAUUUGAUGUUUAUGGCGAAGGAGGCCCGGAAGCACAAACUGGGCUCGUUGCAUCCGUCUUACAACCUGUUGAAGCUGAUGAAGGAGUCGUUGCUGGCCUGCCUGCCAGCCGACGCCCACAUCCGUGCCUCCGGGAAGCUUUGUGUUUCACUGACGCGUGUGUCCGAUGGCAAGAAUGUCCUGGUGUCUGAUUUUGAAAACCGAGAGGAGCUCAUUCAGGCACUUUUAUGUAGCUGCUUUGUACCAUUCUACUCAGGAGUCAUUCCUCCUACCUAUCGUGGCGUGCACUAUGUGGACGGUGCGGCUAGUGACAAUCUGCCCCGCUGCCACCAUAGGAGCACCAUCACCGUGUCGGCAUACGCCGGCGAGAGCGACCUUUGCCCGCGGGCGAACACGCCCAGUCUUCACCAGGUUCGCUUCAACAACGUCAGCAUCCAGGUCAACUCGGAGAACAUGUACCGGGUGACCAGCACCUUCUUCCCACCACAGCCAGAGGCCAUGGCUGAGUUCUGCCACAAUGGCUGGAUGGAUGCGCUCCGCUUCUUGCAAGACAACAAUCUCAUAGACUGUGAACCUCCCCCAAGGAGUUUGAAGGCCCUUUCAGCCAAACCAGUAUGCUGUGAUCUGGUUGUGGGACCACUGAAAGUUCUAGGGUCCAGUAAGGAGCAUUGGUGGCUAAACCCUCAUGCCAUAGAAAACCUCCCCGUUAACCUCAAAAAGGUGUUGUGUACUGCGUGCAGACAAGUGCACCCAGCUGGGGGUCUUCUGUCUCAUGUAGCUGUGCUGUUUACACACAAGAUGACUUCCUCCUUCCUGAGGCUGCCCAGCACUAAGUCCCUCGGCAAGGCCAUUUCACUGGCGCGAAGAAUGGCUCACUGGCUGCCAGGCGUGCGGCGAGACCUGACUUGGGUCUACAGGGUGGCGGGAGGCUUCUACAAGCGCCACAAUGACGACAAGGGUCAUGAUGAUGAAGAGGAGGAGGAGGAUGAAGGGAUGCGAAGAUGCUCCAGCCUGCCAUCAGACCUGAACCUGUGGGCCAACCGGGACAAGAGUACGCCCACGUCUGGCCCGGUGUCGGACACAUACCCACCCCUUACUCCGCCCCCUACUCCUAUCUUGAAGCCAGAAUUGAGUGAAAUAACAUCAUGA